UUUUGGAAAUCCAAAGUAAGGCUGGGUGAUAUAAUGGCCACGUGAGAAAUAUAUAUCUAUUUAUUUUCAAGCAAGAUAUAAAAUUAGACAGUUUAUAUCGAUAUAGGGUCACGUUUUGUCAAAUAAUGCACCCCGGUGUGCACCUGUCCUCACAGCUCCGCCCCCUCACUCAUUCAUUUCUCCAUCAACACUCACAGAGCUGCUCCUCUGUUAAAUCUGUCUGUUCAUUAGUCUACAGUCAAUGUACAGCUCUGCUAUUUAUUUUAUAUCAUUUUUUAUUUCCAAGUUGUGCAGCUGUUUAUUUUCAAACAGGAAAAAAAUCCAUGUCUUUGCACCUUAUUUUGAUCAGUCUGUUUUUAUAAAAGUGCUUGUGACGUCUCAAAUGUGGCUCUGACUUGCAGCUGAAAACAUGGAGUUCAUUUUGUACUAAAUUGUGAGAUAUAUAUGGUGUAUCGUCGUUCAGCCUGAAAAUACAGAGAUAUGAAUUUUUGUCCAUAUCUCCCAGCUCUAAUCCAAAGACAGUGUUACAUGAAGCCACGAUGUCAGGCACUUACAAACAGGACCUUCACUGAAAACUGUCCCUGUCAGUGCAUUUAAAGAGGUUUCAUCAGUUCCCACAUUGUGAGGUCAUCAGUUCAUAUAUUCUGCUUUCAGGAAGAAGCAUGUCUUUAUCGAAGUAUUUCAAAGGUCACAAAUAGAAAAAUAACGUCAAACAUAUGUAUAGGAAAAUAAGUCUGUUGCACUGAGACAAUAUACAGCUGUCACUUUCAUAUGAGAAGCAGCUGAGGUUUGGUGGCCUAUAUUUCAACUAAAGCUCUACUGAGCUGUAAUGAAUCAUAGCGAUGUACCUGUAUGCAAAACAAGUGGGUUUUUUUUUCUGUUGAGAGGAAAUUUCAUGCAGGGUUAGAGGAAAAGGAUGAAAUGCUAUGAAGACAGGAGGGAAAACCCAGAAGCUACUCAGAAGGUUAGUGUGAGUAACAAGCAGCUGUCUUUAAGCAUCAGCUCUCAGCCUGACGAGGACAAUGACAGCGGCAGGUUGGGUUGUCUUGAUGGCUGCUCUGAUGUCUCUGGGAUUUACUGUGGGACACAACCACAGUGGGGAGACAGACACCUACCAUGUAAGCGUUGGCCGCCUCUUUUUGCUGAGGUGCCUCUUCGCUGAUGCUCACACUAAUGUGACCUGGAGCAGAGAGGGGAGGCACGAUCAGACCCUGCCCACCGGAGUGGAAGUCAGGGAUGGGUUACUGUGGUUUCUACCUGUGCAGGUGUCUCAUAAUGGAUCCUACACCUGUGAGAAAAGGGGCACGACCGGAUUAUCGAGGAUGACGUUUGGGGUGUCAGUGUCCAAUAAAGAGUGUCCUGAUGCACCUGAAACCAUAUCCAUCAUUCGGGGAGUCAAUGAGGGUCUUCCUUGCAAACAGAAAGAGAUCUUCAGACUGAAAAACACAAGGAAAAUACGAUGGAUGAAGGAGUGCCACCCAGUGGAGGGGCAGAGGAAGAGGGUCUCUGUGGAUGAGAACGGUUUAAUGAGACUGUCUGCAGCCUCAGAGCAGGAUGCUGGGAUGUACACCUGCCUGGUGGACAUUAACUUGGACGGAAAGAUGUACACAGCUGCACGCAGCAUACAGCUGAAUAUUAAAAAUAAUACAUUUAUUGCAAAGCCUGAGGUGAUGUUCCCUAAAGGGAAAGUGGUCGUGGUUGAAGAGGAUACGAGAGUGCAGCUGGAGUGUUUAGCCUACGUAGGCUACAGUGAGGACAAUGAGACUUUCAUGUAUUGGACUGUUGAUGGGGCUGACACUGAGGAUUACGAGGAACUCAGCGAGUCUUGGAACUAUACUCGUGUCAGCGGCAAGGUGUUUGGUCGGUCCACUUUGUCCAUCUCUAAAGUUCGUCGCCAGUUCCUGAAUGUCCCCAUUUCUUGUUAUGUAUCAAACUUAGUUGGACAUAAAGUCGGCGUGAUGUGGCUUCAGGAAGCUGAUCGCAGUGCUCUCUACACCAGCUUGGCUCUCUGCCUCGCUGCCUCCCUGGCUGUCCUGGCUGUGAUGGCUGCCUUCCUCUUCUUUAAAGUCGACCUGGUUUUGGCUUACAGGAAACUGUUGAGACAUUUUUCCAAACAACAAGCUCCAGAUGGGAAGCUCUAUGAUGCCUAUGUGAGCUUUCUCCAUCCUGACAGUCUGAGUUCAGCUGAGACAGCAAUGUUGGCCCUGCAGAUCCUGCCUGAGGAGCUGGAGAAAAAACAUGGCUACUCCCUGUACAUCAGAGGACGGGACGACUGCCCUGGAGAAGCGGUGCAUGACGUCAUUGCUGCUACAGUGCGCCAGUGCCGCAGACUGAUAAUCAUCCUAUCACCUGAGAUAAAGUCGUCAGCUGAUGGCAAAUCAGAGGAAGAGCCCUUGUAUGAGAAUCAAAAUCAGUUGUGCUACGAGCAGAAAGUUGGGCUGCAUGAUGCUUUGAUCCAGAAUGAACCUCAAGUGAUUCUGGUGGAAAUGGGAGAUAGCAAGGUGGAUUACAGCUGUCUGUCUGAGUCUCUGCGAUAUAUCAGGAGGAAACAAGGAGCUCUUACGUGGAAGAAACCCUCUGUUGAAAGUCACAAACUAUCCAGAGUGAGCUCAAACAGAAAAUUCUGGAAGAAUCUGAGGUACCACAUGCCGUCAGUUCCUGCAGGCACACUCCAGACCUUUGUCUAAACCAAGUUUCACAGAUGGGAUGUAAUGGAGAUAUUUUUUAACUUCAGGACAUUCAGACAUGUUUCCUGUAAAUAUACUUGUUGAUAUUCUUGAUUAUCUUUUUCAGAUCUAUUAUCACCUGACUAAUGUGACAUUAUGUUAACUGUGGACAAACCAGACUGGCUGUCUUGCUCAGUGGCAGUUUGCACAGUGAAUUUCAGACUUUGUGCAGUCAGGUGGUUCUGACUUCAGACAAACAGAUUUGUUCCUGAUACAGAACAGGAAUACACAAUUUCAUAGAGUAUGUCUUUGCACCUGGGUGAGAUGAGUCAAACUGCAGGUAUUUGGCCACACCCAUUUUUGUGAUGUAUUGUCACGGAUCCGAUUGUGUGCUGUGAGUGGCUACAACGCAUCACGUUUACAUGUUGAGGGUGGACCAGUUAGGAGUUGCACAAAGAGGUAAUCGUUAGGGCAAGUACAAUAUAAUGUGACGUAGGUGUGUGCAUCUGCUGUGAUGCUACACAUAGGUGGUGUAAAGAGUAUACUGCUUUGCUGAUAAUCAGAACCUGAUGCGUAGAGGACAUAUGCAUGUAGUUAUGGUGAGGAUUGAUACUGAUGAAGAUUAGCAAAGUUUUAGCUACCUUUUCCUCUGUCAUUCAGUCAGUGUUUCAGUCCUAUAUUGAACUUGUAGGAAGUUAUUAGAGUUCAGGAUUGUUCUGUAUGUGUUUAUUACAUGAUAAUUGUCUGAAUGUUAACCGAGAGAUAGUGUCCAUUUUGUGAUGAUAAUGUGUGGGUAUGAGAAGUUGUAGUUUUCACAUUGUCUCUAAAGAUGGGAAGGGUCACAUCUAUUAUGAGGAUAUCAAAUACCUUAAAUGUGAUAAUAUUGGUUUGUAAAUAAUGUACUUUUUGCAUGUUAAAAGUAGAAGAUGGUCAAAGUUAAAUGUGUUUUGUCAUAUGAAUGUUGUGUAUUUCACGGUGAUGUGUGUAUUGACUUUAAUGUGUACAUGGAAAUGUUUAUGAGAAUGAAGUCAAAAUCUUUGAACAGGAAUUGUCUGUAACUUGAUAAGUUAUGAAUUGAUGUAUUUAUUGUUGUGCUUGUGUAAUAUUGUGAAGAAAACAUAGAUAUUAAAUGAAAUGAAUUGAAAGUGUGAGGGUUGCAUACAAAGAACAUAAUUAGGGUUAAUGGGAUGACUGCCAUCCUUGAAUCCCUGGUU